UAACUUGAGCAAAUUAAAUAUAAGUUAUCACCACGAUAAUUCACAAGUACAAAAGAUUGUGAUGCAUGUAUUUAAAGGAUUUACAAACUGAAAAAAUAAUGUCAAAGGGAAGAUCACUUGUUUAAUAUGGAUGCGCCCAUUGUGAAUGAGUGAACUCGAAGUUGUAAAUAAUCAAAUAUGGUAAAAACUGAAAAGGCGAAUUCCAUAUCAAUACUUCCUGUACAUCGUCAUGUUAGUAUCAUGCCUACAAAUUCUCUUGUAUUGCAGUGCUAAUUCGUAAAUUUACACUGGCGCCCAAAAAACUAGAUUUUUGAGUGUCGUCUGUCGAUCAGGACAGUACGGCUGAUCGACGGUAGGACCUAUUACUAUUAGUAUUACUAUUAGUAGGUAUUACGCCAGUACGGUACCUGAAGUAAGAUACUUCCCGACUAAAUAUUGGAGAUGACUUGCAACGAACUUCAAAUGGAAGAGCUGGAAGUGCUCGAUUCUAUUUAUGAGGGUGACGACAACUUCAAGAAGGUCAACGAGAAAACGUUCCAGUACAAGUAUAUUCAUCCCGAAAAGGAGAGUCGAAGCUUUCUUGUAGAGAUUAUUUGGGGAGAAACAUAUCCGGAAGAGAAGCCAAAAGUCUCUAUGGGUGCCUUCUUCAACAAACAUAUUAGUGAUCAGGUAAAGACUACUGUGGUGACCAAGGUCGAAGAGUAUGCAGAGGAGUGGAUUGGCUCUGCUAUGACGUACACACUACUCGAAUUUGUGAAAGAGAACAGUGAGGAACUGAUGGCAGACCAACCAGAUGAACUAGUCCCGCUCAUGGCCGAGGUCACGAUAAAGGGAGACAAUGACAUACUGGAGAAGAAAAUUAAGGAAAAGAAAGAGCAACUGUCAAAAUCUGCAAAGAGAAAGUUGGCCGACAGGACCGACCACAAGGGUGAGGUGGCACGAGGAAUGGAUUGGGUGGACAUAGUCAAGCAUCUAUCUCAAAUCGGCGGCAGCAACCAUGCCAACUCUUGAUCUAUCACCCAUCCUAGAAGACUAGUGCACAACCGUCCUCUUACCUUCCACCGUUAGGCCAAGUAUCUUUGCUUAUGAUGGUAACCUAGUUUUACAAGCAGCAUGUCCGAGCGUAGCGCUAUGGGGCCACUGUUAAUUUACUUCACUAACCUGUCCCGUCAUGUCUCUGGUGGAUCAGUAUGUGACAUAUCUCUAUCUCUUCUAUCUCUUGUAUCUCUUCUAUUCUAUGUGCCUAUCUCUUCACAUGCACUAAAAAUUAUUAUUUUAAACAUAGUUGGCCUGAUUUUGACGAAUCGGCUAGAUUACAGAAAGGAAGGGUUUUCAUCGUGGUUUUAGGCGAUGAUGUAUCCUGCUCAUGGUGCACGUCAUUGCAGACGUUUCUGAUGCAGAUUGGAGUACAUAUGCAUCCUUGUAGUGAAACGUUUUUGAGAUUAUGAAUUCUAAUAAUAUUCUAGAUAUUGAAUAUUAUUAAUAAUUUCUAUAAACUUUAUUGACAAUCAACAUAUUAGAAGCCCCUGCAAUAUGUACCAUUAAAAACUGGUAUAGAGAAACGAUUAUGUGCAAAGUUUGUUAAGUAUUUGCUUUCAGCAUUAGUAAUAAACUGUAAAUUAUGCACUUUUU